AAAACGAUAAUUACAACUUACAAGUGUUUUUGAUCUAACAAGGUCCAAGAACUAUACUAUAACCCAAUUACUAUAUUAAAUGUUGGCCCAUUAUAGGCCCAAGAAAUAAGUUUGUAAGGUAAGUAAAAAGGAAGAGAAGAAAAGGCAUAAUUGAGAUUGCGAUUGAUUUGGGAUCUUAUUUUCUUCUCUGAAUCAAUGGCGUUGCCUCCAGGACUUUACUCCGGCACCAGCUCCCUUGCUCUCGUGGCUCGUGCUUCGGCGUUCAGCGUGGGUCUCCUCUACGGGAGCAUGAAGCUCAAGGUCUUGAAGAUGACAAAGAAGCCACACAAGGUUGAAGCCACUGCUCAUCACUAAACCAUUGUUUUGUCUUUACAAUAAGAAACCAAACGCUUGGGGCGGGGAUGUCUACCCGCCCUGGUUAGCAUUUUUUUUUUUGUAUGAUUCAUCUUUAUCAUGAAAAAGGAACUAAUAUACUUCAUAGAUCAUUAAUAAAUUAUUUUCUCGACUGUCUCAA